CACUACUGAGUCCAGUCCUCACUUACCUCUUCACACAUCACCUGCAUCUCAGCUGAGCUCCUUGUUAUUCAACUCCAGGGUCUCACCCAACCUGGAUUAGCUGUCAUUUUAAAGCUUAACUAGAGCAGCUCGGCUCCUUUUUGUCUUUGACUUCGAACCUUCUGAGGUGUUUCACCAUUCCAUCAGCAUCUUCACUAUGAUGCAACUUCAUCACCUGACUUUAUUUUGAGGCAGAAUCAGCUCCAGAGGUCUUCGUUCAGGAGUUGUGAAGAGCUCCCGAGAUCUUCAUAGUUUCCGAGCCCUGUUGGAGAAUUCACUUUUGAUUUGACCGGAUUGAAUUGUGUGGACUCCUCAAAGAGUUGGGAUAUGUUUGGCCCUGGACAAUUGGUGUCAACUCUCCUACCUGCAGUUUUUCACUCCUCUGCAGCUCAAUUCUUCCCUGCCUUCCCCACUAGACUGGGCUCCCCUCCUCAGAUCCUGUUCCCAGGGCCCCUGAUUAGCUAUGAGUCCCUGAGGAGUUACCUACAGCCGGAGCCAUGCAAGGAGGCUUUGCUUUUGGCUACACAAGCAGCAAGGAUGUGCCAUCUUACAGAGACCAUGGAUGAACAGAGGCCAGUGAAGCAGCGUCGCGCUCGAGCCAACUACAGCAGCUGUCAGCUGGAGGAGCUGGAGAAGGCCUUUGAGACCACCCACUACCCUGAUGUGUUCAUGAGGGAAGCCCUGGCCCUGAGACUGGACCUCAUAGAGGCCAGAGUACAGGUGUGGUUUCAAAAUCGUCGAGCUAAGAUGAGGAGGCAGCUAAAAUUGCAAGGCCAGCUGGGGGAGCCAUUUUCUAAGAAGGACAAUGAAGAGGUAGAAGACAAGUCCAACCAGAUCUCCCAGGAGCCAGAGAGCUCUGACAGCGAGCACUGGGAGAGAAGGCAGGAGAAAGGCAGCUACCCCUGGACUGAAGUCCCCAGUGCUGUAGUGACCCUGCCUGCCCACAGACUUGCCCAGGUGCAUGGGGAAUGGGAGGGUAUGGAGGGGCCCAGUCCGGAAGUGUUCCGCUCCUGCAGUAUUGCUAAGCUGCGGGCCAAGGCCAGAGAGCAUGAGGCUGAGAUCCACAGCACUGUGGCCAAGUCAGGCGGCAAGAGACAAACACAUACACGGGACACUGAUGACAGAGAGAGUGACUGAUCUGCAUGACUCCAAACACGAUUCUAAUUAUAAGCCAUUGUCUGAGUGUUAGAAUGUAAGUUAAUCACAUUUUUAGCCUGAGUGUAAGGUGAUUUAGAAUGCGCAGCUGGUGCUGAAACCACAAAAGUGCCUUUACCACAACAAAUUUCAAAGUGUAAAUCUAAUCCCAGGAGUGUUCAUGUUACUUGCUGAAUGUUUUUCUAGUUCCACUCACAAGAUGGACCCAUGAGCGCUGGUGUUAAAUGAACACUUACAUUAUUUUCCUGUACAGACAUUAAUUCCUGAUUACACUUUCAUAGGCAUUUGUUUUUCAUGUGGCCUUCUCUUUACUCGGUGUCUAAAAGCUCUUGUGAUAGCCAAAGGAUCAAGGUAAAACUGAAAGAGGAAACGCUCUGAUGACUUCUCAAUGAUCUCACCGAUGACAAGGCCAUCCGUGAGCUAUCCUGUUACGGUUGCUAUGGACAGAGGAGCAGGAUGUCUGCAUGCCACCACAAGCCCUCAAAGGAAACAAUGGAAAUGGACUGAGAAAGGGCUGCACUCUGUGACAAGGAAACUCUAUAGACAACACAGCAGACACAUGCUGUUGUUGUUUUCCUGCAAGAGAUGAACUCCUAAACAAACUGAAAUGUAAUGCUGUUUUUUUUUUGGGCAAUUAACAUUGUUGGGAUUUACAUAAACUCCGUGCAAUCUUUAGUUUUACAGCGAAACGGUUUAACAGAGUCCGCAUGUUGGGAUUAUCUAUCACAUUAUUUGGGCAAAUUGAAAGAGCAGCUUUCCAGAGACAACACAUCCUUUUUUUACGCCCAAGCUCCUGUCCAACAGCCAGGACGAGUGGAGUGGAGAAUGUGAUAUGAACCACAUGUCAGGGUCAUGUGAUAUGAACCACAUGUCAGGGUCAUGUGAUAUGAACCACAUGUCAGGGUCAUGUGAUAUGAACCACAUGUCAGGGUCAUGUGAUAUGAACCACAUGUCAGGGUCAUGUGAUAUGAACCACAUGUCAGGGUCAUUUGAAAAUUAGUCAGCAAGUACGUAUGCACAAAAACAGCAGCUUGCUUUGUACUAUAAUAGAAUAGAGUAUUAGUAGUUGGACAGGUCGAAACCAAUCCAGACAAAUACAUUUCCAUAGCCUUACUGUGCACCCCUCUGACAAUGAGAAUGCCUUUUUCCCAAACUGUAUAUGAUCAUAACAAUCUUCAGACUACAGAAUUGUUUGUGCUUCCCAGUAUUACUUUAUACUCAACAGCUAUACUGUAGCUUUACUCCACUUUAAUAUUGAUUAGAUAAAAAUGUUAAGUAUUGUAUUCCAAAACAAGUGUUUUGCUUGUAGAGUUAUAUAUUUGGGGAUAAUGGGAUGAUUACAUAAU